CAUCCCUCGCCUUCCCACAGUGCUUCGCGACAGCCGCUAUGGAGGCCGGCAGGACUGCAGUGCUGCGGGUGAAGCGGAAGCGCACCGCGGAGCCAGCCGAGGCUCUUGUGCUUGCUUGUAAGCGCCUUCGGAGCGGCGAUGUCGAUGUCGAGUCGGCUGCUCAGAAGACACCGGAGGGUCUGGAGAGAGCGGCGGAGAAUAAUGUCUUCCAGUUGGUGGCCACCGUGCACUCUCAGGAGGAGCCAGUCCAGGAGCUCGUGCGGGCUGCCUUGCGCCCUUCCCGGGGCAGCCAGCAGCGUAUCCGCCGCGAUCUCCGCGCCUCAGCUCGCGAUGUGCGGAAAGAAGGCCGCUACCGGGUGGUCUCCAGCCGCCGAUCCUCAGGGACCUCCGGCAGCCUGGAGUCCGUGUACGCGCCAGGAACCCCAAAAGCUGCUGGGGAUGCAGACUUUCAGCUAUUGGACCUGGUACAUGAGGAGGAAGACCCAGAGGCUGACACCACGGCCUCCUUCAAAACAUCUGACCCAGAUGUGAUCCUCUGCAAUUCUGUAGAGAUGAUCCGCGAGCGGUUGACUGUAUCUGAGGAUGGACCAGGAGUCGGGCACCAAGAGGAACAAAAGCACGAUGACUAUGUGUAUGACAUUUACUACUUGGAGAUGGCCACUCCAGGGUGGAUUGAGAAUAUCCUCUCUGUGCAGCCCUACAGCCAGGAGUGGGACCUGGUAAAUGAUGAUCAACAACCAGAUGACAUUUAUGAAGACGAAGAUGAUGAGAACAGUGAGAAUAAUUGGCGCAACGAGUACCCAGAGGAAGAGAGCAGUGAUGGUGAUGAUUCCAGAGACUCUGAUGAAUAUAACAGCCUCAGUGAAGAGGAAAGAGGCAGCAGCAGGCGACUGGUAUGGAGCAAGUACCCUCUGGAUGUACAGAAGGAGUUUGGCUAUGACAACCCCCACGACCUGGAUUCAGAUUGAUGGUCUUGUGAUAUCCAGGAGGUUCUACCACAGGCCUUUGAGGGCUCUGUGACUGGUAUCAACUGACCUAGCAACAUGCUCUUAGGAUUCCUAGCUGAACAUGUGGAAGGAAAAAGCAGACCCAAUAGUACCACCCCAGCAGUGAAAACUUAAGGGAGUACAUCUUUUCUACUCACAGUAGGCUACUUGACCUCUAUCAAAAAAGACCCUACCAUCUGGGGGGGAAAAAAAAAUGGAAGUUCCUUUCACUUCCUGGCCCAGGCAUUUUUCCUAAUAUUCCAGUUCUCCCAUGCUGAAGCCAGAAGGGAAAGAGAGACACUUGUUUCAUUAGCAGUAAUAUUCUGCUUCCUCCCACCCCACUCCAGGCUGCCUACCUGCAGUAAAAGCCUGCUCUCUUCGAUAGAGGGAUCUAGAAGGGCUACAGUGGGUCCCUUGCAGGGCACAACCCAGUUAUAACAACUAUUAGGGCAGAAUGUGGAAUCUGAGCUGGGAGGUUUUAGUCAAUAAGUCUCUGUCCUCCCUGCUUCGGACUUCAAUAAUGGUUGUAAAGAUUGCUGUUGUCCUUUGGUAAUGGGGCCAAGGCACAAUGCAUAUGAAUGUGAUACUAUUUAAUAAAGAUUAACUUUUAAUAUGGAA